AUGGAGUUUCCUGAUCGUUAUUUCUGCCCUUUAAAUAAGCAGAUUAUGUACUAACCAGCUCAAUGCGAAGAUGGAUAUAAUUAUGAAAAAUCUUGUAUCAUAAAGUAUGUUAUGGAUAUGGGUCAUUCACCAAUCACAAAGCAACCUUUAAAGCAUAAUCAAAUUCAAGAUAAUAUAGCCUUAAAACAAGAAAUCGAUUAAGUAAGACAUUUAAUUACAGAUGAAAAUAGAUUCAGGGAUCUUAAGUUAGUUGCUGAAGAAGAAAAUAAAAAUGAUAACAACAAUAUCUAAGUUGAAGGAAGUAACAAUUAGAGCAACUCCUCUCAACUAAAACUUCAAAUCAAUAGAUUCAAUGACUAAGUUAAAAUUAGUAUUAAGACCCCUGAAGGUUAAUAACGCUCCGCUUGUGAUAUUUGCUGUGUUAUUGAUGUUUCAGGAUCUAUGUCUGAUGAGGCUAAAAUUAAGAACUCUAAAGGUGACAUUGAGAGUAAUGGCCUCACUAUCCUUGACUUGGUAAAGCACUCAGUAAAGACUAUAAUUAAUAACUUAGACGAGAGAGAUAGACUUUCUUUAGUAGCAUUUCACACUAACGCCUACAAAAUAACAGAUUUAACUCCUAUGAAUGAAAAUGGAAGAAAUCAUGCAAUUAAAGAGUUAGAGAAGCUUAUUCCCUUGGACUCCACUAAUAUUUGGGAUGGUAUCUACUAAGCUUUAGAGGUUGUUAAAGCUGGAUAAUAGUAGAGUAUAUAGAAGGGAGAAUAAAGAGUAGCUUUCUCAUAAAUUUUACUAUUCACUGAUGGCUAGCCUAAUGUUAUUCCUCCUCGUGGACAUCUGCCAAUGCUUAAAAAGUACAAAGAAGAAAAUGAUGUUAAUUGUUCUAUAAGUACAUUUGGAUUUGGUUAUAACCUAGAUAGCGAACUAUUAGAUUAGCUUGCUAUUGAAGGAAGAGGCUCAUUUGCAUUUAUUCCAGAUGGAUAAUUUGUAGGCACAGUAUUUGUAAAUGCUCUAAGCAAUUUAAUGACAACUUUAGCUGUAGAUGCAGUACUUUGUAUUGAGAAUAGCAAUGGAGCUUAAUUUGAAGAAGUAUUGAUAGAAGAAGAAUAAGCCAAAAACAUUUUAAACAAAGAAACUGUUUUAGGAAACUACGACUACUAAAGAUGUUCGUGGGGUUUAAAUAUUAAUAUAGGUACUUUAUAAUAUGGACAAUCAAAAGAUAUAGUAGUUACUAUGAAGAAUGUGAAUAAUAACUCUAAUAAACCUUACAUCACAGCUACCUUAAAAUAUAGGACUUCAUCAACACACAAAUAACCUGAAGAAAUAUCAGCAUCCUCAUCUGAUAUCAGCUAAUAAGAAAACGAAGUUAUGGUUGACGUUUUCAGACUUGAAUCAGUAGAAGCAAUUAGAAAAGCGAUGACUCUUUUUAAGACUGGAAAUAGAGGUGAAUCAUAAAAUAUUAUUAAAUAGCAUAUAAAUAACAUAAGUAGCCAUCAAUUAAGCAAGUAAAAUAAAUUCAUAUAGGAUUUAGUUAAAGAUUUAGCAGGCUAAGUAACAGAGGCCAUAUCUGUAAAUGAUUAUUAUCAAAAGUGGGGCCGUCACUACCUCCCUUCACUCCUUAGAGCUCAUUAAAUUUAACAAUGCAAUAACUUUAAAGACCCUGGUGUGUAACAUUAUGGAGGAAAAUUAUUUAACUAAAUAAGAGAUAAAGCUGAUGAAGCUUUCUUAAAAAUACCUCCACCUAAACCUUCAAUUAAAAAGUAAGGUUAAGCACCAAAGUCGGUAAAUAUGGCUUCUUACUAUAAUAAUAGCGCUCCUUGCUUUGAUGGUAACUGUUUAGUCAAAAUGGCAAACGGAGAUAUCAAAAAAGUUAUGGAUAUUAGAAAAGGUGAUCUCAUAGCUAGUCCAGCCAUUAAUGGAGUCGAAGCAAAAGUAUCUUGUGUAGUGAAAACACCAUGCUUAAACAAUCAAGCUUACUUUGUUGAAUUCGAAGAUGGACUCAUAAUUACUCCAUACCACCCUAUAAGAGUAAAUGGUAUCUGGUAAUUCCCUUGUUAAUUAAAACCAACUGAACUUAGAGAAUGUGACUUUAUUUAUAGCUUUUUACUUGAAAGCGGCCAUUCGAUGGAGAUUAAUGGAAUAGAAUGUGUAACCUAUGCUCAUAAUUUCUAAGAAGAAAUCGUAAAACAUGAUUUCUUUGGUACAGAAAAAAUAAUAACCGAACUAAAGAAAAUGAUUGGAUGGGAAAAUGGCUAUGUUACUCUUUCUACUGAUUGCAUGAUAAGGGAUCCCACCACAACUCUUGUUAUUGGCUUAAAAUAAAAUAUUAAGAAUUAAUUAUCUAUUGAAAAUAUCUAAAACUAUCAAAUUAUUGUUUGA